ACGACAAAUCUACACUGAUUGCACUCCACUUCUAAUACUGCUGGCAACUCUUUUUCAUUUGGGCUCUCUCUCUUCAACUCGUCAUUUUUCUGGCUUUUCAGUAAUCAAAUUCAGCUUCUCGCGCUGAUAGAAUCCAAUGCUAAAGCCAUCUCAGAUUCAGUAAGGAAAAUUAUCCCCCUUUCCAGAGAGGGUUCUAUUCUGCUCCCUGAUUCAAAAUCAUUUUCUUCUGCAAGUAUAUAUGGCAACUCUUCCUCCAUCCCUUGCAAUAGGGCCCCAUUGCCUGAACAGUGGAGCCACUGAAUUGUCUAAAUUAUCGUUUGUCACCCGUUAUCUUUGUAAAAGCAAAAUGGGACAGAGCCUUCAGAGAAUAGAUGUAGGAAGAAAGCUUUUCUCUGGAGAAGUUGCACAAAAUGUCAUGCAGUCUCGGUAUUGGAAUCUUGAUUUGAGAUGCUUUGCUGCAUCACGAGUUUCUGUUGAGCAAACUGAACAAAUAUUUACAAGUACCCAAGUUGAUGAACUUAAGAAGCUAUCAACUUAUCUGUUUAGGACAGAAAUUGGUGGUCAGGUCAAAGUUCUUGUUAGAAAGAGAAGUGUCAACCAUGUAGUAGAUAUUGAAGUUUCAUCCCUGCAAUUGUCCGGUGAUGAAAGUCAGCUGGUGCUAAGUGGGGGCGUACACAGAUCCGAUCAUGAUAUCAAAAACAGGAUCAUUGAAACCCCAUUUAUAGCAAAGUCUUCCAGUGAGUUGGCACUUGAGUUGGAAUUUGAAGCUAAAGAAGCCCCAUUCUACUUCUCAUUCUUGCUGAAAGCCCCAUCAGGUGCAAAUUCAAGUGGCUCGGAAAUCAGAACUCAUAGGAAGACUAAUUUUUGUGUACCAAUUGGUUUUAAUCAAGGGUAUCCAGCUCCAUUGGGCCUUUCCUUUUCAACUGAUGGUUCCAUGAACUUUGCAGUUUAUUCAAGAAAUGCAGAAAGUUUGGUCCUGUGCUUGUAUGAUGAUACUGCAUCAGAAAAACCUGCUUUAGAGCUUGAUCUUGAUCCUUUUGUUAAUCGAACUGGUGAUAUUUGGCAUGCUUCGAUAGAAGGUUCUUGGACUUUUGUGAGGUAUGGUUAUCGGUGCAAGGGGUACACUGAUGCAUUUAAUGCAGAGCGUGUUCUUUUGGAUCCUUAUGCUAGGAUCAUUGGGAGUUCCAUUCCUAAUCAUCAUGAGUCUGGUUUGCUCCUGAAACAUCUUGGGCGACUAUGCAAGGAGCCUGCUUUUGACUGGAGCGGUGAUGUUUGUCCAAACUUACCUAUGGAAAAAUUAGUAGUAUAUCGGUUGAACGUUCUACAUUUUACUGAAGACAAGUCAAGCAAGCUACCUGCUGAUGUGGUGGGGACUUUCGCUGGUGUAACUGAGAAGGUACAGCAUUUAAAAGAUCUUGGCGUCAAUGCUGUCUUAUUAGAGCCAAUAUUUACAUUUGAUGAGCAAAAAGGACCAUAUUUUCCAUGUCAUUUCUUUUCACCAACAAACCUGUAUGGGCCUUCUAAUGGUUCUGUAUCUGCUAUUAACUCAAUUAAGGAGAUGGUUAAGAACUUGCAUGCCAAUGGGAUGGAGGUCUUGCUGGAAGUGGUAUUUACCCAUACUGCUGAGGGUGGAGGCCUGCAAGGACUUGAUGAUUUAUCCUAUUAUUACAGGAAUAGGGUUCAAGAUUUAGAACGAAGAAAUGCUUUGAAUUGUAACUAUCCUGUUGUUCAACGGAUGAUUUUAGAUAGUCUUCGGCAUUGGGUGACUGAAUUUCACAUUGAUGGUUUUUGUUUCAUCAAUGCUUCGUGUCUUUUGAGAGGGUUUUAUGGUGAACAUUUAUCUCGCCCUCCCUUGAUUGAAGCAAUAGCUUUUGAUCCACUGCUCUCCAAGACCAAAAUCAUUGCAGAUUGCUGGUAUCCACAUGACAUGAUGCCAAAGGAAAUUCGUUUUCCUCAUUGGAAGAAAUGGGCAGAAAUGAAUACAAAGUUUUGUACUGAUAUAAGGAACUUUUUGAGGGGUGAGGGUGCUUUGAGUAGUCUUGCUACACGGCUUUGUGGGAGUGGGGACAUAUUCUCAGAUGGUCGAGGCCCAGCUUUUUCUUUCAAUUAUAUUGCUAAGAAUUUUGGACUUCCUCUUGUGGAUUUGGUCAGCUUUAGUAAAGCUGAAAUAGCUUCAGAAUUAAGUUGGAAUUGUGGGGUGGAAGGACCAACAAAUAAAACUGCUGUACUUGAAAGAAGACUCAAACAAAUCCGUAAUUUUCUCUUUAUUUUGUUUAUUUCACUGGGCGUUCCUGUUCUUAACAUGGGCGAUGAAUGUGGCCAAUCUUCUGGUGGUUCCCUGUCAUAUGGUAGCAGAAAACUUUUAGAUUGGAAUGCAAUGACAACAGGUUUUGGUAUUCAAACAACGCAGUUUAUCUCAUUUUUGAGUUCGCUCAGAAUGAGGCGAAGUGACCUUCUUCAGAAAAGGAGUUUUUUGAAAGAAGAAAAUAUUGAAUGGUAUGGAAGCGAUCAGUCUCCACCUGGAUGGGAAGACCCCUCCUGCAAAUUCCUGGCUAUGACAUUGAAGGCUGACAAAGAAGAGAACCAGUUGAGCUCUGAAGCUUCUCGACUAAAAGGUGAUCUGUUGAUUGCCAUUAAUGCGGCUGACAAAGCGGAAAUCAUAAUUCUACCCCCACCUCCUGAAGGGCUGGCAUGGCGUCGAUUAGUAGACACAGCUUUACCAUACCCAGGCUUUUUCUCAGCUGAUGGUAAGGCUGUUCUUGAGCAAAUGAUGGGAUUAUUUGCUUAUGAAAUGAAGUCUCUCAGCUGCACUCUGUUUGAAGCCCGCGCUGAUGGUAGUUGAUAGAUUCCCCUUUUCCCCUCCAUUUUCUUCAUUGAAAACUUUGUAGAUGGGUGAAGCAUAGAGGAACAGCCUUCUUUUUUUCUUAUCUUUUACAUGUGUAGAGUAAUUGUAUAAUAGCAGAUUGAAGUAUGCAAAACAAGGACGUUUUCAAGGUAAGCAACUUGUAUAUCCAUCAGUUUCUUCAAUAAAUUAAAACAUUCUAAGUA